AUGGUCCUCGAUAUUGCAAAAUUCCACAGAACUUGUCCCAUCCUGCCCGCCCACAAGCGCUGGUUCGUUCUCCAAGGCCCUUUGGGCUUCUAUAUCGACCACUGCUGCCCAUUCGGUUGCGCCUCUUCCAGCAGCAACGCAGGCCUUAUUGGCUCCGCCAUCAUCGACAUCUGGGAAGCCCUUGGAUUUGCCCCCGCCAACCGUUAUGAAGAUGAUAUCAUGUCGGGCCCCCCUUCGCACUUCUGGUACUCCGCCUCCCGCCCCGAAGCCCUCCUUGCCAUCCAACCGCUGCGCAUCCCUUGGCAUCCUACCAAGUGGACUGAAUACCUCUUCGAAUUGGUUUACAUUGGCUUCCUCUGGAACUUCCCAAACAAAACGGUGGCUCUGCCCGAGGACAAGCGCCUAAAAUUUCUCAAGCGCAUACAUGAUUUCCGAUCCAUCUGCAAAUCUGGCAGAUGCCAACUCCUCCACGCUCAGAAGAUCCAUGGCUCCCUCUGCCACAUCUCCUUUGUCCACCCCCAAGGUCGCUCCUAUUUGCCUGCCCUCACCUCCUUCAUUAUUGCGUUUGAGGGCAACACUUUCAAAACCCGGCGGCCCCCGCCGUCAGUUUACUCCUCCCUGGCUUGGUGGGAGUCCACCCUCUCCGUCCCAAGCGUUUCUCGCUCCAUCGCCCCCAAAGGCCCUCGCCAAGACCGCCUCCUCUUCGUGGACGCCUCUACAGCUUGGGGGAUUGGUCUCUGGUUAGACGGCUGCUGGGGAGCCUGGAAGGGGACGGGCAACUGGAAGUCGCGCCAGCGUCACAUCGGCUGGCUCGAGACUGUGGCCAUCGAGCUGCUUGUCCUCACGCUGGAGAGCCUAGACUUUGAAAAUGCCUAUCUCCUUGUCCACUCUGACAACCAGGGCGUCAUCGGCGCCUUCGACAAGGGCCGCAGCCGCAACCCCGACAUUAACCUUUCUUUACGCCGUAUUUUCGUGGCCCUGGCCGCCCGUAACAUAGCCCUAGACUUAGUUUACAUCCCCUCAGCCAACAACCCUGCUGACCCUCUUUCGAGGGGCAUCCUUCCCAAAGCUGCCUCCCGUAUCUCACCUUUGCCUUGCCUCCCGUCGGACCUAGCUACCUUUUUCGUACCCUCAGAUUUAUCGCACCACCUGCCUCCUCCCGUCCCCAUGCCCCGGCAGCACGCGCCGCAGUCUCGGACUCUCCGGGCUCCAGUUCCCCCGCCGCUCGCCACUAGCAGCCUAGCCCCGCCCACCCCCAUGCCCCUGUCCCGGUCUCCACUUGAACCGCUCUCCCCCAUACACCAUACCCAGACCCGCGCACUCUGCCUCCUUUCCCCCACCGCCUUCCCUGCCGGCCAAGCCCUCGCAAACCCAAACAUGGGAAUAAUAUCGCGCCCAGCGACUUUCGGCCUCCAGCCCUUGCCAAAGAUCGGCUCCGCACAUGGUCUUCCCCCUUCUCCCGUGCCAAGGAGGCCGAGCUCAGAGCCUCACUCCCAGCAGACGAAGUCAACCGCAUAUACGCUGCCAUUUUUCGCUGCGUUUGCGCCGGACACGCAAUCUACCUACGCCGCGGGACUCCUCCGCUUUCAUCAAUACUGCGACAGCAUCUCCAUUGACGAGGAAGCCCGUAUGCCCGCCUCGGCCGCCCUCAUCUCAGCCUUUGUAUCCAAGCACGUCGGCCUAGUUGGGGGAGACACCGUCAAGUCCUGGCUCUCCGGACUUCGGGCCUGGCACGACGUUCAUCAAGCAGCCUGGCCGGGCGGCGAACCCUGGGUGAAACUCAUCCGACGCACAGCAAACAAGCAGGGCACCGCUUUCAAAAAGGCCCAGCGGGGCCCAGUCACCGUCCAGCACCUCGUCGCUCUCCGCUCCAAACUUAAGCUCAAUAUCCCCUUCGACGCAGCUGUCUGGGCUCUGGCCUGCGCAGCUUUCUGGGGCUGUCGUAGGCUAGGCGAGCUUACUAUCCCCUCUGUCAACGCUUUUGACCCCCUCUUGCAUGUUGCCCGCGGCGCCGAUACCAAGCGAAUCAAGCACGGUGGUGCUCGCGCUUCUUCCUUCCACAUCCCUUGGACCAAAUCCACCCGCGAAAGAGGCGGCACGGUCAUCCUCACUGAUCGAGACGACCCACUUUGCCCAGUCGAAGCCCUCCAGAAUCAUCUUUUUGUCAACAGCAACAUCCCGGAAGAAGCCCCACUUUUUGCCUUCCGCCACGCAGACGGCCGUUGGCUUCCUAUGACCAAGCCAUGGUUCUUGGCUCGCUGCACCGAGAUUUGGAAGGAGUGUGAAUUGCUGGCGGUUGCAGGCCACAGUUUCCGUAUCGGCGGCUCUACCGAGCUCCUCUUGGCCGGCGUCCCCUGCGACAUUGUGGCAGCAACCGGAGGCUGGACUUCCCUGGCCUUCCUGCUUUACUGGCGAAAACUCGAACACAUUAUCGCAAUGGCCGUCGGCAAGGCUUACGACAAGAAAAAGAUUGAAGAAGUUGCUCUGGCUUUCGAACAAUUCCGCAUUGACCACAAUAUCACCUUAACCCCCGAAGAAAACUGCUAG